GAGAGAGAGAAAGGGAGAGAGAUGAGAUAGGGAAAAACACAAACCAAAUGCACAUUUUACCAAUUACAUCCAAAGAUUCAAUUAUAAUGCUGUUCUUGAAAAUAUCCUCCAAAAUGUUUUUAGGAGUUGAUUUGUGUGUCAAGCUUAAGUGAAAACCUUUUUUCUAUCGCACCAAAGUCUACAUUAAGCCCAGAUAAAGAUAGGGUUUUAUGAUGGAAAUUAGAAAUAACUGUUGGACAUGUUUAUGAGGUAUUAGUAAACAGCACAGUGCAUAGUGUUUUAUUCUUAGAUCCCGAGCCAUUGAGGACGACGCAUUAGUAUUGAAAUGUAAGUUUAUUAAAAUAAAUACCAGUAGUUUAAAAAAUUUCUUGCGUCAUUUAUACGUCUUUCUUUUUGGCUUAAAAAUUGAAUAGUGUCGCACCAGGCCAUGAGCUUAAGAUAAGAGAACAACCAAGUCAGGAUAUUGGCUAAAUUAAAAACAAACCAAUUCAAUCAAUUAUACCAUUGACAUCUGCCAAUAUAAGAUGUUUUUAAGGAUUUAAUAUGCCUUAGACAACGCGCUUAACGUGACUUCUCAUACGAUCUGCACAUAAAGUGCCAGUUUAAAUUUUGCAUUUGAGCGUCAAUUGUUGUCGGGGUACAAUUGUCACGACUGAAGAUGAAUAAUUCAAAGACUUCUGUGAGUAAAUUAACGCGAAAACGCUGCAAUAUCGGAGAAAGUUCAUACCUUGACAUUUUGAAACGGCUGGUUCUUAAAUCGAGCACUUUCAGCGGCAUCGAAGUGCAAGAAAAUGAUAUCAACAGGCGAGAAGGUUCAAGAAACAACGCUUGCAUUUCUGUUAAAGUGACUCUCUGCUCAACUGAUGAAAAUCCCGUAAACCACAUCGUUUUUAGCGGACGCAGAAAACGACAUCGUUCACCGCUUGCUCGGAUUUUAAAAAGCAGGAUAUCAAAUAACAGAAUGGAAAACCAGAAAAUCGACACCACACUUAAAAGAUCUCCAAGUUAUGCAUUCUUGGAGGAUCUGUACGAGCGCAAGGACCGAGAGCAGGCGCGUGAGGGCCACGAGCCAGCGAUUACGUCACUGCACGCGGAUUAUGUAAAAGCCAAGGCCAUAACAGUGACGGGAUGUCAGACUGACCCUAAGUAUAAUACGUACAGUAAUAUCAGCAGGACAGAGUCGACCUCACAAAAGGACAACAUGGCUACGAAAAAGGAGAGACAUAAAUCCGUAGACUUUUCUUUCCAUUCAGUGCAACAACACAAAUCUGAGAGGACUAGUUGCUUAAAGCAUAGCUCUGGGACUUACUCCAGGGAAAAGUUGGCUUUCAAUCAAAAGAAAGACUCCACUUACGAUCUCUCUCGUAGAGCAACUAGCAACCUGUCUCUGACGUCACAUCGCUCCUCGCGCUCUGGAGACAGCCUAGAUGGGGAUGGGCGGCGUUCACGGUCCUUCAGCGUGGUAAGCGACUCCAGAUCCGAGACCUACAUGCCCGGACCACCAGUGACAGGUCCCACAAAACCUGGCGUCCUAUAUGCGACCCCGAACCUCUACCGAGGACAAGAUAAACUGUCAUUCUUAGAGCGAUGUGCGCAGAAAUAUAACUCCAAUAUUCUGACUGAUUCGGACAUGAACCACAUACGCCAUCUCCUAAUGAGGCGGGGAUCGAAAAGACGGUCAUUAAUUCACCAUCGCCAUCCCAAUCAACUGGGAGGAAUUGCAAUCAAGUGCACGGUCCCUCCAUUGGUGCGGUUCCGACAGGCUGUGAAAACUGUGAUAGUUCUCUUGAAGGCAACACGGCUCGGGACAUCACAAGCACGUCCCGAGAAGCAACUGAUUUCGUUCGCUCAGUACCAGGAUGAGGUGACCAAAGAACGGUCUUCCUUUGGUGAUGACCUCUCCUUUGACCCCUCCUACUACAGGACCAAGAGGGAGACUCAAAUUAGUAACGAAGCCAAGUCUAUACUCUCCAAGCCUCCAUCCGAACGAACAGAAGAGCAACUCAAGGUGGCGCUGGCGUCGCUCAAGAACACUGUUGAGUCGUUCACAGAGUUCCCGAUUAAUAUGCAACUUUCCCUUGUGAAAGUAGGAUUCUACGAACAUUUUGAGGCAAAGCGGGUGAUUAUUCGACAGGGCCACACAGCGGACAACUUUUACUUCAUUGCGUCAGGAAAAGCGGUUGUCACCAUUCUGGAGAACAACAAAGAGACGGGAGAGGCCUACGUACGCACGGCAACCAUUUUGAAGAAAGGAAACAGUUUUGGGGAGCUGGCGUUGAUGCACGGCGGCAAGCGCAGUGCCACAGUGACGUGUAAAGACGACGUGGAACUCCUGGCUGUCGGCAGACACGACUUCAUCGACAUAUUCAUGCGCUGUGAGAAGGAUAAAGAGCCUGAACACGUCAGCUACCUCAGGCACAUUGACUUGUUUAACGGCUGGCCUUUGGAGAAAUUGCCCCAUGAUAACCCAAAGAUCUGCCUGUUCACGUACAUUAGGCGCGGGGUGGUGAUGUGCAGAGACAGCACCCAGGCAGAGUGGAUCUACGUCGUGAAGACGGGCACCUGUCGCGUGCUGAAGGCGCUCCGUGCCACGCGGCCGAAUAUUCCGGGACUUGAAGUGCAAUCUUAUAGCAUCUGUGAUCAAAAGAGUCAAAAAGGUUCAAAACGAAGGUCAAACGUGAGACGCGCACACUCAAAGUCUUUGCCGCCAUCGUUAUCGUCAUCCGUAUCCUCAUCCUCAACCUCCUCCUCAUCACAAUCAGCAUCGUUGUCAGAGGGUAAGGCGGCGUCCUUGGAUAUGGGGAGGUGUAGUAGAAAGCACCACACGUUCCCCGUUACUCAGACUCAACAUGGUUCUAAAUACACCCCCUCGUGGUCCAGUGGCGUCCUUCCCCCUAUAGCCAAGUCAUUGUCUCAAGGAAAAUCAAUAGAAGACGAUGAUCACAAAAGAAAACUAGAUCAGAUUUUUCAAGAACGACACUUUUGGAAGAUCUGUGUGGCAAUAAAAACCAUAGCGUCUGUGUUGCAGGACCAAAGAACGCCGUUGUAUUCUACCCCCAAACCGUCAACAGCUUCAUCGACGGAGGGAGAGACGGUCUUCGUAGAGGUGCAAAAAUUAGGACCAAAGGAUACAUUUGGUCUAGAGGGCGUGGUGUUCACGGAUAUAGACGGAAGUGACGUCAGUCUGAGUCUAGUCUCAGAGGGCGCAGAAUGCAUCCUGAUCAGCCGGCAAUUUUUUGUGAAACAUUUGCCAGACAAAUGGAGGAAAACAUUACGGUCUACAAUACAGCCCUACCCUUCAGAGGAAAGUUUGCAGCAAAAAUUACAAAAUCGUACCAACUGGGAUGCUUUCAAAACUCUGACAAUGAAACGCUACAUAGCUAAAAAGAAACUGUUAGACACACUCUUUCUGUGAUGGAAUCGUAUUGACAGAAGCCAGCACGUGUGACACCACGCGAGCUGUCGUGCACGUGAUAAAUCGUGACGUUCUCCUGUGUAUGUAUUUUUUUUAUUUAACUGAUUGUUCAGAUAAAUAAUAUCAUCAUACAAUUUUAAGACUAGUUGGUCUCUUUUUUUAUCUGUGACUCACAAAUCAGUACAUGCGGGUUCAGUUGUCGGCAUUGACAAAACAACUUUUG